GACAGCAUCGAAUACAUGUUCUACCCGAGCGACCUCCUGGCAUUCGACAUAAAAGUUAAUGAAGUGGAACAUGUGGAUUGAGCAUAGCUUAAACGCACUGCACCAGGUCACUCUAAUUAAACUCUAAUUCGCGUACAGCUUUUAUGUGUUAUUAUUGCGCUUUGAACAUGAUAGAGAUGUUGCAACUAUGUUAAUGUCACCGAUGGCAUCGUAUGACGGAAUUGAGACGGUCAGGGGAUUUGUUUAUCCCUUGUCCUCCCCAGCGGGAGCGCGCUGGGCGGGGUCCGUGCGUCCGUGCCGCUGUCACUGCAUGGUCGGGUGAUCCCUGCAAGACAUCAGUUUUCCGCCGGCGCGAACGAUAAGCACCCGAUAACAUCAACAGACAAGUGGCGAAUCAACAUUGCCCUCGCGUCGACAGCUGUAUCUCCCUGUUCUACAAGGAAACGCCUUUCUCUGUCCUCCUUUCCUCUCUCUCUCUGAGCGGCUGUCCCUCGCGUUCCUCCAGAGAGAUGGCCGAGGCCUUGAUCGCGGUGGCCCAGGACCAGUUCAGCUGCCCGGUGUGCCUGGACCUGCUGCGCGACCCCGUGACGCUCCCCUGCGGCCACAGCUACUGCAGCGGCUGCAUCAAGGGCUGCUGGGACCAGGAGGACCAGCGCGGCGUCUACAGCUGCCCCCAGUGCCGGCAGACCUUCUCCCCCCGGCCCCUGCUGGGCCGCAACGCCAUGCUGGCCGAGGUGGUGGAGAAGCUCAAGCACACGGGCGAGCAGGCCUCGGGGCCCUCGGCGCUGGCGCUGGCCGGCCCGGGCGACGUGGAGUGCGGCGUGUGCUCGGGCAGCAAGCUGAAGGCGGUCAAGUCGUGCCUGGUGUGCCUGGACUCGUACUGCCAGAGCCACUUCAGCUGCCACGAGGAGCUGCACGCCGUCAAGCGCCACCAGCUGGUGGACGCCUGCGCCCUGCUGCACGAGAAGAUCUGCCACACGCACGACAAGCUGCUCGAGGUCUUCUGCCGCACCGACCAGCAGGUCAUCUGCCUGCAGUGCGUGAUGGACAAGCACAGCGGACACAAGACGGUGUCGGCCGCCGCCGAGAGAGCUGAGAAACAGAAGCAACUUGGGAAGAAGCAGCAGAAGUCCAGACAUCACAUCAAGGAGAGGGAGGAGAAGGCGGCUGAACUGAGGGAUGCCAUGAGCUCUCUGAAAUCUUCCACGAGUACAGCGCUCAGCUUCAGCGAGCGCAUCUUCAGCGAGCUGCUGGUGGCCAUCGAGAAGCGGCGCUCCAAGCUGGAGGAGGUGAUCCUGGCCCAGGAGCGGGCCGAGCUGCAGCGGGCCGCCGGCUUCCUGGAGCGCCUGGAGCAGGAGAUCUCCGAGCUGCGCCAGCGAGAAACUGAGCUGGAGCAGCUCUCGCACACCGAGGACCACGUGCAGUUCCUCCAGAGAUUCCAGUCUCUGCGUAGCUGUCCAGUCCUUGAGGAGUUACCCAGCGCAACCAUCAGUUCUAUGUUGCCUGUUCAGGACCUUUUAAGGGCUGCUAAUGAUGUGAAGAUGAGAACCGAAGAUCUGCUGAAUAAGCAAAUAGACAAGAUAUCUCUCUAUGAACCUCAGAUUGCACCAGCCACUGAGCCAAAGACCAGAGACGAGUUCUUACAAUAUUUCUGUCAACUGACACUGGAUCCCAAUACUACGUUCAAGCGUCUGAAUCUGAGUGAGGGGAACCUCGAGGCCACAUCCACGAACCAGGACCAGGCCCUGCCUGACCACCCAGAGCGCUUCGACCACCGGCCGCAGGUGCUGUGCCGAGAGGCCCUCAGCACCAAGGCCUACUGGGAGUUUGAGUGGAUGGGGAAGUGUGGCGUGGAGGCGGUGGUGUCCUACAAGGGCAUCAGCAGGAAAGGCCUGGGCAACGAGUGUCUGUUCGGCUUCAACGACCAGUCCUGGUGCUUCAUCUGCGCGCCGGCCCGCCACAUCUUCUGGCACGACUCGGUGAAAGCCGAGCUGCCGGGGCCGGGCUCCACCAGGGUGGGCGUGUAUCUGGACCCGCCGGCGGGACUGCUAGCCUUCUACCGCGUCACCGACCCCACCACCUCUGACCCCACAAUGACCCUCCUCCACAGGGUCCACACCACCUUUACCCAGCCUCUGUACCCUGGCUUUGGGUUUGGGCUGGGGGCCAGCGUCAGGAUUUGCCGUCUGCAGGACGGAACAGCACCCUGAAUGCUCUCACAAACUCUCCUCCAGCAAGAUCUCCUCCAGCAAGCCAUCUCUUAUGUUUAUUCUGCAAAAAGCACAGAACACUAGUGAAGGUUGUGGAGAUAUUUCAAUUAUAUAAUUAUUCAAACAACUAGAACAUUUCACCAACCAGUUAUACUAUUUUAGGAUGACCAAAGACUCUAGUCUAGCACAUAUGGAAAGCUGUCUCAAUGGGAACUCGGUGGUUUUGGUGAAAACUGCACAAUAGCACAAAGUAAACCAGAAUUAAACCUGCACUAAAUCUGAACUCUCCCCCAGUACCUGCUGCUCCAGUCUUCUCUGGUUGCCCUUUGAUUUGCUGCUCUGGCUGAUGAAAGCGCUUCAAGAUCAUGGUGUCCUCAUCAGCUGCAACAUGCCUUAUUACCUGUCUCUGGUGCCAUGUGUCAUUUGUCAUGCCAUGUCUAAUGACUAUUCAUCCUAACUCACCAGCAUUCUCUCACAAACAUUUGAUGCCAAUUAAAAACUGCAAUAUUUGA